CCUUGUAGUUCACGCGAGUCUGUCGCCAUGUUUGGUUAUUUUAUUUGUUUUUAAAGCGGAGUAACACCAGAUGCAGUAAACGCUCCUAGUUUUAUGUGUCGUGGAAUUUUGUUUAAGUUAAUAUAAUACAAGGAUCGCGUUCGCACUCCACAAUCGUACUUUUUUUUUGCUAGUGCAUCUGCAUUCAGUGAAUAAAGAAAAAACCACAACUAAAACAAAAAGAGCAGUCGUUUUAUUUGCACAAAAAUAGCCUAAAAUUUCGGCAGCAAAACAACAACAACAAUAGUGGCAGCGGCACCAUUUCCAACUACAACAACAACUCUUAACUGUAAAACGCCGCAACGCAACGCUGCAAAGCAAAAAGCGCUGAAAAGUGUUACAAAGUGAAAUUGCCUUUUGCGUCACACAAAAAUUAAGUACGCGGCAUCAGCAGCAGCGGCAACAACAUUAACAACAGUUGCAACAACAAUAGUAAUAACAAAAAAAAAAACAUUUUUGUGCGUGUCUUUUCCAAUUUGCAGCAAAAUAAAUUCCAAUUGGAAUUCCCCUGUUGACUGCAUCUAAAUACGUCAAAUAUAACAAUAACAACAACAAAAAAUGGGCGAUUUUGAUUUAAAUGUUGACAGUCUCAUACAGCGGCUGCUAGAAAUGCGCAGCUGCCGCACCGGCAAACAGGUGCAAAUGACGGAGGCGGAGGUGCGCGGCUUGUGCCUGAAAUCGCGUGAGAUAUUCUUGCAACAGCCGAUAUUACUGGAACUGGAGGCGCCACUGAUCAUCUGCGGCGACAUUCAUGGACAGUACACAGAUCUCUUGCGGCUGUUCGAAUAUGGCGGCUUCCCGCCGGCUGCCAAUUAUCUGUUCCUCGGCGAUUAUGUGGAUCGGGGCAAACAGUCGCUGGAGACGAUUUGUUUAUUGCUGGCCUAUAAGAUCAAAUAUCCGGAGAAUUUCUUUUUGUUGCGCGGCAAUCACGAGUGCGCCAGUAUUAAUAGAAUUUAUGGCUUUUAUGACGAAUGCAAGCGUCGCUAUAAUGUCAAGUUAUGGAAGACCUUCACAGACUGUUUCAACUGUCUGCCCGUCGCCGCGAUCAUUGACGAGAAGAUCUUCUGCUGUCACGGCGGCCUGAGUCCCGAUCUGCAGGGCAUGGAGCAAAUACGUCGUCUGAUGCGUCCCACAGAUGUGCCCGACACUGGUCUGCUCUGCGAUCUACUGUGGAGUGAUCCCGACAAGGAUGUCCAGGGUUGGGGUGAGAAUGAUCGUGGUGUUAGUUUCACUUUUGGCGUUGAUGUUGUAUCGAAAUUCUUGAAUCGACACGAGCUGGACUUGAUUUGUCGUGCACAUCAGGUUGUCGAGGAUGGCUACGAGUUCUUUGCGCGGCGUCAGCUGGUCACACUGUUCUCGGCGCCAAACUAUUGCGGCGAAUUCGAUAAUGCUGGCGGCAUGAUGACCGUAGACGACACGCUUAUGUGCUCAUUCCAGAUACUAAAACCAUCCGAGAAGAAGGCAAAGUAUUUGUACAGCGGCAUGAACUCAUCACGGCCGACAACCCCGCAGCGUAGCGCCCCAAUGUUGGCGACCAACAAGAAGAAAUAAUAUAUCCAUCCGCUUCCAUUUCCUUAAAGGUUCAACCUCAACAACAAACAAACAUACAAACAAAACAAAACAAAACAAAAGAAAAACAAGCAAAUAACAAGAAAUACAUUAAUAACUUUUAUAUAAUAUACAAAUAAUAUGUCAAAAUUAAAUGUGCGCAAGUAAUUAACUAGUUGAAAAGCAAACAAACAAAAAACCAAAAAAAAAAAAGAAACAAAACAAAACAAAAAACAAAGUAAAAACAAAUGAAAAAAACCAACAAAAUUCAAGUACAGAUAAAAAGCGUUGGCUAAAACAGAUCUAUAAAUGUAUUAUGCAUAUAUAUCUUUAUAUGUGUAUAUAUCUGUGUGAAUCAAAUGUAUACAAAUUCUAUAUUAUUUAUUUACUUUACAUGUACAUACAUGUUGCUAUAUGCAUAUAGAACACCGACACUACACUAUACUACACUACACUACACAAUACAACACAACACUAUACCAGAAGAAAACAUAAACACUUAAGUUUUUGCAUUUGUUUAUAAAACCUUGCCCUCAAUUGAAUGCAAUUGUCGAAAACAGACACAGUGAUUGUUGUCUCCUCCCUGUCCCUCUCCUACCAGCCCAGUCAUUUACACUAGACAACACAAUACACACGCGAAAAGAGUACAGCGAUUUAAGCAAUGAAUUUAUAUAGGCAUAUAUACUAUAUAUUAAUGUAAACUAUAUACGAUAUCUACUUAUAUGUAUGUACUACAACCAAAAUGCGAAUGCAACAAAAAUAAUUACCUAGGCCACAUGUGCAGUGUUUCCAACAGCAUCAACAUAAUGAGCUCUAGAGAAGCAACUAAAUGCAGUUUUUCAUUUAAUUAUCAACAAGCGCUAAACAAAACAAAUUGUCUAACAAAAA